GAAGAACUUGGUAUCCAAGCCCAUAUGCCUUGAUUCAUGUCCAAAGGAGAGAAGCAGAUGUCCACAGAGAGUGCCAAUACAAGUCGUCUUGUCACAAAGAUUCGUUGGGUUGUGGAAUCUGCGAACUCAAGGAUCAAACAGUGGAAGUACCUAGGACAUGUUUUGCCAACAAGCCAGAUUCCGUACAUAGGAGACUUUAUAAGGAUUGUAUAUUCUUUGUGCAAUAGAUAUCUGAAACCCCUCUCUCAUGGGAAUGCUGAUGAAGAAGAAAUUCUUGGAUGUAAAAUGCUGCAUCUAUCCAAGCAAGUUAAUGUCUUACAACAGCAUGUGGAAGAGCAGCACUUAAAUCGACGCUCUGGAUGCUGGGAACCAGUUGAAGAUCUAAGAGGUUUUCCAUAUCUUGAUGAAGAACAACUUCGGAACCUAACUUGUGGGACAUACCACCUUCGACUCUCACCCAAUUAUGCACAGGAGCACUUGGAAGGUGACUGUCUUAUACAAGUGCACAAAGAGGAGUCAGGUCUUGUCAGGGUUCGGCUACAGAGUCGGCAUGUCUCAUCAAGAUCGUACCAAAUAUGGAUCAAAUAUGAUGAAGGAAAUAUUAUUGCAUGGUAUUGUAAAUGCAGAGCUGGAGCAAGGGUUGUUGGAAUGUGCUCCCACAUUGCUGCCAUUCUGUGGUUUCUAGGAAAUGCCCGACACAAUAUACAGACUGGGUUUGGUGUUCGAAACUGGGGUGACUUUGUCGAAGAUGCAAACAACAUUCCAACUCCAGUUGAUGAAAGUGAAUCUUCGGAUGAAGGAGACAGUGAAACAGAAGAAUAA